UUAAUGCGACAUUACAUUUGAGAAUUACAAGUAUUACAGGUGAACAGGGGAGAUGUGCCUCAGGAUAUGGAGCCCUUAGCUGGUAAUGAAGAAUGUAUUGAGAGCCCAAGCAAUUAUGGAGCCACUCAUUACCAGUUUGUUAAUGCUACCUCACAACUGCAGUUUGAUGAUGAUGAUCAGCACAAUGAUCAUACAGGAGUCAGGAAGUCACCAUCAUCCACAUCCAUCUUGGAUUCCAAGCUUGGUAAGGCACCCAGGAGGAGCACCACUCCACGACCUACAGAUCUGCCACUAACUCCCAUUGAUGAUACCGACUUCAGUUCAAAAAGGAUUCUUCGUUCUGAUCCAAAAGAGAAAAUGCAGAAUCGUCCUUCCAUGAAAGUGUUCGCUCUAACCCAGAGGCCAACUUUAGGUUCACCAGACUCUGAUCCAGAUGUUCUUGGUUACCUGGAUCACACACCAGACCCCUUGCCUGAUACAAAUGAUAGUGAUGGCUCACUGCCUUACUGCAGAGUGUAUGAGACAAGUAAAUUCAUAGAGUUGAUGCCAGGAGCCUUCAUUCCUAACCAUAAGGUGCAGCUACAGAUCAGUAAAGUUCAACCUCUCCAAUCCCACAUACAUAUCUUCAAUAAUCACAUGUUGGUGAUUAAUUUGGAGCAUGGAGAUUAUAAUUGGACAGUGCAGAAGAAAGUAAAGCAAGUAGCAACCCUGCACAGUGUGUUGCUGCUGCUUAGAACAAGACUGAAAAUGCCGGCAGCAACCAGAGACACGAGACGACGCAGGCAAAGUAUGCGGCAGCAAAUUAAGGAAGCUGAAAAAGCAACUAAUACACCAGAUGGGGAAAAUUCUACCACAAACAGUAGGCAACUCAAAUAUCCUCGACGAGCCCUGCAGACAAUGGAUGACACUGUUAAAGCAGACCUGGAAACCUACCUCAAAAAUCUUCUUCGACACUCUCUCUUCCGCAACCACCAGGCAGUACUGGAAUUCUUUGAGAUAUCUCCUGUAUCAUUCAUCAGUGAGCUGGGAUGCAAGAUCAAAGAAGGCUAUGUAAGAAAGAGGACUGGUAGUGGGAAUCCACAUGGUUGCUGUAACUGGUGUUUAACAUCAUGCGCAGAGAAAUAUAAACGCCGAUGGCUUGUUUUGAAGGAGACGUGCCUCUUCUUCCUGGCCCCAGAGACUGGCCAAGUGCGCACUGUAAUGCUUAUGGACUCUGGGUUCCAGGUGUCUCAAACUUACAGACUAAUUGGCUCUCGCAAUAGUCUCCUCAUUUCUAAUCUUUCCAGAUCACUGAUGAUAAAAUGUGAUUCAGAAUCUAGCAAGAAAGAGUGGUAUACUGUCCUCACUAAAACACAGCGUAAAUAUGCCAAAGAUUUUACAAGCCAAGAUUUACGAUAUGGAUCCUUUGCACCAGUUCGCCGUGGAUCAUAUGCACGCUGGUAUGUGGACGGUGCACGAUAUAUGUGGGAUGUGGCAGAUAUGCUUGAGGCAGCAAGAGAAGAAAUUUUUAUUACAGACUGGUGGAUGAGUCCACAGAUUUACCUGAAGAGACCUGAUUUAACCGGACGCCGAUGGAGAUUGGCAGAAAUACUAAAACGGAAAGCUGAAAGUGGUGUUCGCAUAUUCAUUCUGCUGUACAAGGAGGUAGAACUGGCUCUGGGAAUCAGUUCACUUCUUACAAAGCAUACUAUUAACCAGCUUCAUCCCAAUAUUAAGGUACUUCGACACCCGGAUCACUUGGGAGGAGUGCUGUACUGGGCCCACCAUGAGAAACUCGUCAUUAUCGAUCAAAUGUACGCAUUUAUCAGCGGAAUUGACUUGGCCUUUGGACGAUGGGAUGAUUAUAGACACAAGCUUCUUGACAUUGGCCAUGCUGGAGUACAAGGCUCUCCUUCCCAUCAAAAAAUCCUAGGGGGAGCUCUGCAGCAUUUGGUACGAGGGACCAACGAGGUGCUUGUGAACACUGUCACCCGGUCAGCAUCCAAUAGCAGAAGAACAUCUCUUGAUGCUUCCUAUUGUGGGGAUACAACACAAAGUACCAUUGCCAGUUCACUCUUCAUAAAUUUGGAUGAGUCACUAAAGAGGUCAACUGAAAACCCAGAGAGUCAUGAUGAAAAUCCUCCACUUAUUUGUGGUAUUGGUGUGGAUACUGUAGAUCAUAGUGGUGCUGAUGAGAAUACUGUAAAUCGUGGUGGUGUGGGUGUGGAUACUGCAGAUCGUAGUGGUGCUUGUGCAGAUACCAGUGCUCAUGAUGAUGGAGCAAAGAAAGAGAGAGCAGCUGAUGAAACAAUUAUUAAUGGAAAAAGUGUCCAAGUGUCUGAAGUUGUUGAAACUAUCCCCUUAGAACCAUAUGCAAAAAGAUCAAAUACCAAGUCCAAAUUUUUUAAACAUGACUCAAAAUAUUUAAAAGAGCCAUCCAAUCUUAGCGACAUGAGCAGUGAGGAUGAGCACCGUGAAGGGAGGAUGGGGAAGAGUUUUAGGGAAGUAAAAAAAAUUGGAAUGGAACUUGUUGAAGAGGUGAAAGAGAAAGGCCGGGAAGUGCGAGCAUGGACUGCUCAUAAGCUGCCACAUUUGCAUCGGAGAAACAGUUCGGACUCUGACAUUUCAGACAGUUCUUCUGACAGAGAAACUGUGCAGAACUCGAGAAAUAGGUUCUACAGACGUCAUAAACGUAAGUUGGGCAACAGAGAACAAAUGGGUAGCUGUUCAUCACUUGCCCAGGCUCACAGCAUGGUUACCAUGGAAGAUACAACCUCCACUCAUCUCUGGGUUGGCAAAGACUAUGUUAACUGGAUCAGUAAAGAUCUGGAUAACUUGGAUGAGCCCUUCAAGGAUAUUGUUAAUCGGCAUCACACUCCACGUAUGCCAUGGCACGACAUUGGUUUAUUUGUUGAAGGGCCAGCUGCUCGUGAUGCUGCUCGCCAUUUUGUUCAACGCUGGAAUACUGUAAAAACUGAAAAGGUAAAGCCUAAUUCUAAUUACCCAUACUUGGUGCCAAGGACUUAUGAUAAGGAGUACUUUGUGCCUUCUAAUCUUGAGCCAAAGCAUCUAGUCAAAUGUCAGGUUGUACGUAGUGUGGGCAAUUGGAGUGCAGGGCAGGACGAAGAUGAAGCAAGUAUUUUCUCUGCUUAUGUUGAUCUCAUUCGUAAAGCCGAGCACUACAUCUACAUCGAAAACCAGUUCUUCAUCACAUGCGGGAAUAUUAAUGAGCAGAAAGAGGUUACCAAUUACAUUGGUCACGAAAUUGUGGAACGCAUUGUUCAAGCUCAUAAAAAUGGUGAAGUAUUCCGAGUCUUCAUUAUGCUGCCUCUCCUGCCAGCCUUUGAAGGGAUGAUUGGCAAGUCAAGCGGAAUAGCAAUGCAAUACAUUGUUUACUGGAAUUACAUGAGCAUAUCCCGUGGGAAAUCCAGUGUGAUUCAUUGUCUAAAAGAGCGUGGUGUCACCGACUGGAAUCGUUAUGUCUCUUUUUGUUCCUUGCGUACACAUGAGAACCUGGGAAAUCAUCCAGUUUCUGAACUAAUCUACAUCCACUCCAAAUUGAUGAUUGUAGAUGAUCGAUUUGUUAUAGCUGGCUCAGCAAAUAUCAAUGAUCGCAGUCUUAAUGGAAACAGAGACUCUGAAGUGUGUUUAGUCAUUGAGGAUCAGGAGUUUGAGGAUAGCCUCAUGAAUGGAGAGCCAUAUAAUGCUGGGGUGUUCGCAGGUAGUAUGAGGAAAUACUUGUUCAGUGAACACUUAGGUGUUCAAGACUGUGAAGUACCAUCUAUUGACGUUUGUGAUCCUAUCUCUGAUGCAUUCUUUAUGGAUAUCUGGUGUCGCACUGCUGUAAAAAAUACAUUACUUUAUGAGGAGGUGUUCUCCUGCUAUCCAUGCAACAGUGCAACAACUUUUGAGGCAGUGGAUAAGUUAAGACAAACUACCAGUCUUGCAGAAGUGAAUCCAACAGAUGCACAAGCAAGACUAAGUCAAGUUCAGGGACAUUUGGUGCAGUUUCCUCUGGAUUUUCUAAAAGAUGAAGCCUUGAAGCCUGGUGUGGGGACCAAGGAGUUUUUGCUGCCUAUGGAAACUUGGACAUAAAAUUAAAACUUCUGAUUAUAAAAUUAAAUUAUAUAGAAAUGUUUAAAAUUUUAGCAGUAUAGUUAAUAUGAACAUAAGAGAUGUUGUUAUGGUGCUAGUCAUUUUGUUUUUAAAGACAAUGGAAACUUAGCUUCCUACUGGUAUAUUAAAAUGUGGGAAAUCAUGGCACCUGAUUCUUCAAAUACCUUCUUUUAGCCAUUAACUAAUGUAAUAUGCAAUUAAAAUUGAAUGGGCUAAGUUGUGUAUUGGUAAAAAAUUUACCCUAUAAUUUUUUAAUUAGAAUCUGGUGGCAUGUAGACCACUCUUAAGCUAGAAUAUGCCACUUUUUGCCUCUGGGAUGUAUCAUUUUAUAUAGUGUUUUAAAGAAUAAAUGCUGUAUAUACCCAUGUUUGGCCACCUGCUAUAGAAGGCGUUGAACAUAAUGGUAGACUCCAAGAUGGUGAAUUGUUACUCGUAGAUUACAUCUUCCUUUGGUAAAUAUUUCACAUUUAAAAAGUUUCUUAAAAACUAUCAGUACUCAAAUUUUGCAUUGCAACUGAGAUACCUAGUAGAUAUUUUUGAAAAUUAAAUAUGAUGUAAUUUUUUUUUCUUUUCAACACACUGGCCAUCUUCCACUAAGGCAAGGCGACUUAAAAAAAAAAAAACAGGUUUUUCUUUUUACAUUUAGUAAUUUAUACAGAAGGGGUUACUAGCCCCUUGCUGCCAACAUUUUAGUUGUUUCUUACAACAUGCAUGGCUUAUGGAGGAAGGAUUCUUUUCCACUUGCCCCUGGAAACUAUGAAGCAAAUUCAGUCAUGAUAUUUAGAUAAAAUGUCUUCCACUGUGUCAUUCUGUUGAUUUAUAUCAGAACACAGCUGACAAGACAGUAAUUCAGUGAAUAAUGGUUAAUUUGCUUCCUGUUUCAUUGAGUCACCCUAUCUCAGUAGGGGACGGCCAGCAUAUUUAAAAAAUCAAAUUUCAUUAUUGGAAAAAUCAUCAUAACUUUCAUUCAUAACUGAAGAUCUCAGCAUGUAGUACUAGACAUACUAGGUAGUACUAAGACAGAACAUGGCAUUGACAGCAAAAGCCACAAUUCACAAGUUAGGGAUUAAUCUUUAGUGAAUGGUUUUAAUAUCCUCCACUCUUGUGGCACAUUUCAAUAUCAUAAAUGAUUCAUGUUAAUGUGUCCAUAAACUCAGAUGGAUGCUAAACAAUGGCAACCAUUUUAAAAACUUUUUUUUUUUUUUCAUUUUAAUGAGGGUGUUACUCCAUAUAGAGAUUUUAAAUACAUACUGUAUAUUGCUAAUCCUCUGUUGUCAAUAUAAAAUUCACAGCCAUCCAAAUUUGCUUGCUUUUUUUUUUUUUCUUUUUUUACUUAAGGGUCUUACCUAAAUAGCAAUGAUUAUUAACAUUUUUCCAUUGUGCCCAUUUUGUUUUGGCAAAUAACCCCUUUUGUUUGUGUAGACUGCAGUAACAAUGAAAGGUGAGCAGAUACAAACAUAGGGUAUAAGGAAAUAUCAGUGAACAUUGACUAGUGCUAGCUGUCAUAUGCCAGAGCCAGUUUGUUUGCCAGUUUGUUUGAGCAGCAGCAGUAGAACCUGCUUAUACCAGGCCAAUCAUGAUAAGAGAGUGGCAGGGAAUACUGCCUGGAGCUACAUUCAGAUUGCACCACUGCAAGGAUUAACAAGAUGAAAGCCAGGCUUACACCCUAAACUGAAUAUUGACCAUUGGAUCUUUGAUCAAAAUGUGAUAAUUGGAUUUCCCACUUCCACAGCUCUCUUUUCUGGAUAUUCUUCAAAAUUUCAGUAUUACUAAAGUUAAAAUGAUAUUUAAGGAGGUAUGGCCUCUGAAAAAAACUGAAAUAAAACUUGUUGUACAGAGAUAAUUUAGUAAUUCUGCACAUUCUUUUGCAACUUCGGGAUUCACAGGGAAGAUGUCUAGAAACAUUUUCCCAGUAAAUCUCGGAACUAUAACUUACAGUAUUCCUUUUCUCAUUAGACACAAAAGAGCAAACACAAAGCAGCAAGCAAUAUCAAAACAUAAUUUUUUUUUUUUCAACAAGUCGGUCGUCUCCCACCGAGGCAGGGUGACCCAAAAAAGAAAGAAAAUCCCCAAAAAGAAAAUACUUUCAUCAUCAUUCAACACUUUCACCACACUCACACAUUAUCACUGCUUUUGCAGAGGUGCUCAGAAUACAACAGCUUAGAAGCAUAUACGUAUAAAGAUACACAACAUAUCCCUCCAAACUGCCAAUAUCCCAAACCCCUCAUUUAAAGUGCAGGCAUUGUACUUCCCAUUUCCAGGACUCAAGUCCGACUAUAUGAAAAUAACCGGUUUCCCUGAAUCCCUUCACUAAAUAUUACCUUGCUCACACUCCAACAGAUCGUCAGGUCCCAAGUAUCAUUCGUCUCCAUUCACUCGUAUCUAACACGCUCAUGCACGCUUGCUGGAAGUCCAAGCCCCUCGCCCACAAAACCUCCUUUACCCCCUCUUUCCAACCCUUUCAAGGAUGACCCCUACCCCUCUUUCCUUCCCCUAUAGAUUUACAGGUGUCCCUCAACAUUCGCGAGGGUUAGGGGAUCAAGAGCCUCGCGAAUGUUGAAAAACCGUGAAUGUUUGGUGCCCCAAUAUAUUGUAGGGAAAUAUGAUACAAUACUGCUUAACUUGUUGAACCAUGAACAAUCAUAAAAUACAUGAAAACGUCGUAAAUUGUACUAAAUAUAUACAUGUUAUGCUUUAAUAACAUGUAUGUUAUUAAAUACCACAGACUACACCACUUCCUCCACCACUGCGAGUCCCUACUACCCUCCCUCCGACCCCCGCAACUGGCAGCCAGCCCUCCCACCACUCAGUG